AUGAAAGACUCACCGAUUUUUUUCCAAAUUAACACGACACAAAACGAUUCCACUGAAAAUGACAUGAGAGGAGGUUCCUCGUUAGGUGACCUCCCUUCAAAAUUUUCAAAGACUUCUUCAAAGUAUGUUAUCCAACCAAAAUCAAGUAGCAAAAGAAAUAAAUCCAAUAAAGGGUGUGCUGUUUUGCCAUAUAACGAGAUCCAUAACCAAGUAAUUGAUGAAGAUAUCGAAGAAGAACGCAAAUUCAAUCAUGCAGAAACAGUAAGAGCGAAGCCAAAUGAUACUAUAUUCAAUGAAUUAAUUAACAGAAGCAAAACAAUGACAGAUCGCCAAGAAAACAAUAAGAGGAAUGUAAAAGUAUGCAAAUGCAAGAGAUGUGGCAGGCUUUCUUUCAUUGAAAAUGAUGUCUGCUUUUACUGUCACCGCUCAGCAAGCUCAAACUGGAAGUCAUUAGUUUUUUCAUCAAUUAUUUGCUGCUGCUGGUGCGCAAGCUAG